CUUUCUUUCUCUUUUUUAAAUUCGUUCCAAAAUCUCUUAACCGAAUACAGCGAUGUUGUAGCCCUAUAAAAUGGUGUCACACACACGAUGCACCAGCACCACCAUAUGACCCCUCUCUCUCUCUCUCUCUCUCUCUCUCUCUCUCUCUCUGUAGCUGGUGUUGUACGCAUGCGUCCCGGGUUUGCUCCUAUACUCUUUCAGCCACCACCACUGCCGGCACACAACCACCACCAGGACUACCAAACCCAGCAAUCAAAAACUCCUCAUUCAAAGCCAAAAUAAAGUUCUCUCUCUCUCUCACUCUUCCUUUGCACUCAAAAGUAAACAAACUAUUUAAAGAUACUCUUUAGAAAUACAAGCUCAGCAGAUUACUUGGCUGCAAAUUACCAUGGCCGAAGAUGAUAUCUAUACAAAUGACGGUACGGUUAAUAUCCAUAAAAAGCCUGCAAACAGGAUGGAAACUGGAAAUUGGAAGGCGUGCCGUUUCAUUCUUGGAAAUGAAUGUUGUGAGAGGUUGGCAUACUAUGGUAUGAGCACCAACUUGGUGAACUAUCUGAAAAAACGUCUCAACCAAGGGAAUGUCACCGCAUCAAACAAUGUCACAAAUUGGUCGGGAACCUGCUACAUCACACCCUUGAUUGGAGCUUUUCUAGCCGAUUCCUACUUGGGAAGAUAUUGGACAAUUGCCAGUUUCUCAGUAAUCUAUGUCUUUGGGAUGACACUCUUAACAAUGUCCGCUUCACUCAAAGGACUAAAGCCGACAUGCGACAACGAUGUUUGCCACCCAUCGGCAUUACAAACUGCAGUCUGCUUCAUAGCACUCUACUUAAUUGCCUUUGGGACUGGUGGAAUCAAACCAUGCGUCUCGUCCUUCGGCGCGGAUCAGUUUGAUGAAACCAACGAAACCGAGAGGAAGAAGAAGAGCUCCUUCUUCAAUUGGUUCUACUUGUCAAUCAAUAUCGGUGCACUUAUUGCUUCCUCAGUUUUGGUGUGGAUUCAAAUGAAUGUGGGGUGGGGUUGGGGUUUUGGUAUCCCGGCAGUUGCAAUGGCCAUUGCAAUCAUAUUUUUCUUCUUGGGUAGCAGCUUGUACCGGCUCCAGAAACCUGGAGGGAGUCCCUUGACACGGAUUAUCCAAGUGGUGGUUGCGUCCAUAAUAAAAUCCACUGUAAAAGUUCCUGACGAUAAGUCUCUUCUUUAUGAGACUGCAGAUGAGGAAUGUAACAUCAAAGGAAGCCGCAAGCUCAAGCACACAGAAAAGUUUAGAUUUUUCGACAAGGCUGCUGUGGAGACCGAAGCUGACCGUGUCAAAAGCUCCGCAGAUCCAUGGCAACUCUGCACCGUAACCCAAGUCGAGGAGCUCAAGUCCAUCAUCCGCUUGCUGCCAGUAUGGGCAUCCGGAAUCGUCUUUUCCACCGUAUAUAGUCAAAUGAGCACCAUGUUUGUCCUACAAGGCAACACAAUGGACCAACACAUGGGCCCAAAAUUCAAAAUCCCAUCUGCCUCCCUCUCCCUUUUUGACACACUCAGUGUCAUCUUCUGGGCGCCCGUUUACGACCAAAUCAUUGUCCCGUUUGUGAGAAAGUUCACGGGGCAUGACCGAGGCUUCACUCAGCUCCAAAGGAUGGGCAUUGGUCUCGUCAUUUCCAUUUUCUCUAUGGUUGUUGCCGGGAUCCUUGAGGUCAACCGGCUCAGCUAUGUGAGGAGGCAUAACUACUAUGAUCUCGAGGAAAUUCCCAUGACUAUUUUCUGGCAAGUUCCACAGUAUUUUCUUAUUGGGUGCGCGGAGGUUUUUACUUUUAUCGGGCAAUUGGAGUUUUUCUACGACCAGGCACCUGAUGCAAUGAGAAGCCUGUGCUCGGCGCUCUCUCUCACAACAGUUGCGCUGGGGAAUUACUUGAGUACUCUGCUCGUCACGGUUGUGACGAAAGUGACCACAAGGAACGGGAAGCUCGGUUGGAUUCCGGAUAACUUGAAUAGGGGCCAUCUGGACUAUUUCUACUGGCUUUUGGCGAUACUCAGCGUGCUUAAUUUCGUCGUUUAUCUUUGGAUUUCAAAAUGGUACACUUACAAGAAGGCUACAGGGAAAACCUCAUUGACAUAGUUUGAUGGAAGGUAGGAAAAUAUUUUCUGCUUAGGAAAAAAAAAAAACGCUUUGUAUUUUUUGGAGGCAAGUUUUUUAAAAACUGUUUGCAUUUUGGUUGGUCAUUGUUUCAGAUUCAGUCUAGUUUGUGUUGCAUAUUCUGCUCUUGUUUCAAGGUUUUGUCUUAGUUCUCAUGGAGAUUGAACUGUUUGUAGAUAUAGAUGAUUUUUUAGUUUACUCCA